UGUUGGUACUUGUUGGUAAAAAAAGUCUCAAUGUGCCAAUAUUAAAAUAUUUCGAUGAUUUUGUUCGAUAUUGUUUUCAUCCGCAGCAAUCUUUUGAACGACCAUGAUAACAAUGUAUAAGAGCCAGACUGCAACCUUGUUAAGUUUUAGUCCGACUGUAAAUCUCACAGAUCUCGGAUUUUUUGUUUAAUUUGCCUUAGUCUAAACACAAAAAUCAUAAUGGAAGUGGGGCUAGUGCAGUGGUGUUACGUUUCGUUAAUUUUAUUAUGUGUGGAUUUUACUUUUGGAAAUACAUCAACACAAUCAUCAAUACAAAUAAUUACAAACAAUGACCAAAAAUCAACGGGCAUACAAACAAUUCCUACAAAGCCUCACACAAAAUCGACAACAGAAAAACUUCCAGCAACCAUAACCCAACCAUCAACUACCAUGAAACAAGAAGCAUCGACAACCGUUGCUUCAACAUCAGCGACCAUCAGUAACGAAGUCAUAGACAAUUGUCCGAAUCUCACCAACGUGAAGAAUUUAGAUCUGUUGACUCAAGAAGAGUUCUCGAAUAAAUUGACUGAUAGUUGUAGAUAUGACAGACUGAUCAAACCCACGACCAAAAAGGCAUUGGAUGUGAAUAUUCGUAUUGAUGUGAGGCACAUCGAAUCUGCAGACCAGUUGCAAUUUAAAUCUCACAUGCUGGUGCAACUGCGAUACAGAGAUCAUAGACUGGCAUACAAUCUCCUAUCACCGAAAAGAACCUUCCUGCUGGGCGAGGAGGCGUUGCGCGACAAGAUCUGGGUGCCGCAUAUCAUCAUCAAAAACGAACGGAAUUCAGCUUUGAUGGGUUUGGAUGGGAAGGACGUUUUCGUAUCCAUUAGUCCCGAAGGUGACGUUCUCUAUUCAUACAGGAUGACAUCGACGUUCUACUGUUGGAUGAACUUGCAGAAGUUCCCGUUCGACGUACAGAUUUGCGAACUUAUUUGGGUCAGUUGGACGUACAACGCAUCAAAUUUGAUAUUGAAGUGGGAACCUGAAAACCCCGUGGCAAUAGCACCAAAUCUCCAUUUAACUGAAUUCGUCCUGGACGAAAUGUGGACUGAUAACACCAUAGUGCCAAAUCUUUUGCUGGCAGAUGGCAGAUUUUCUGCGGUAAUUUUCAGAUUCAAACUUAGAAGAGAAGUUGGUUACUACAUAAUGGAUUACUUCUUGCCGUCUAUUCUUUUAGUGUGCAUGUCUUGGGUGACUUUCUGGCUUCAAGCAGAUGCAAGUGCUCCUAGAGUUACGUUGGGUGCAUCGACCAUGUUGGCAUUUAUUACAUUAAACGGUGGUUUGACCAAGAACUUACCAAAAGUGUCCUACAUCAAAGCAAGCGAAAUUUGGUUUUUGGGUUGCGCCUGCUUUAUUUUCUGUUCCAUGGCGGAAUUUGCAUUCGUCAACGUUAUUUGGAGGCGAAAGAAGAAGGUGGAGCUGAAGAAACAAAACAGCAAGCAUAUCCUUAAAGGUGCUCUUACUCCAAGUUUGGCUCGCAAACAACUCAGAAAAGCCGAAUCCGUUAACAGCCUCUACAAGACAAGAUCUUGCACCAGUCUGAAUGAAAACAGUUCAAAGAUAUCACAACAAAAUUAUUUGACAGUACACGGAUUCACGUCUAUUAAUGUUCCUACUAUAACAACUCAAAGUCAGGACGAGUUAAUGGGUAGCGAGGAUAGCGUGACGACAAUACCAAUCCCAGAAAAUGGCUCUUCACCUCCCGCACAAACGUGGACAACCAUGACGCCACAAGAAGUGGCCAAUUGGAUUGACAAGAAGUCUCGAAUCGUCUUUCCCGCUUGUUUCGUUUUGUACAAUUUGUUGUACUGGUCUUUCGUUUACGCUUUGUAAUGUUUAUUCUUUGAGAUAGUUUAUUGAGGUUAUAACUGACGAAAUUUAUUUAACACGAAGUGCUUAAUUCGAAUAUUUCAAUAUUUUAGAAUUCCGGAAAUUGAAAAAGCUUGUACUAUUCUUCGCUCUCUCUUCAAGUUUUCUUAAUUCUUUUGAUCGUUUUCUUAUUUUUCUAUUUAUAUUUAUGUUAUUUUUUAAUUCUAGUCUGUCAAGAAUAUUAAUUUAUUUGUUUUUAAAACAAGAAGAUGUAGCCAGUAGUUAGCAAUAUUAUUAAGGAGAGUAGACUUUAAAUAAUAGAUAUAUUUAUAUUGAAUACCUUGUAGUAUUUAUAGAUUAACCAAAGAAAAUAAUACGUAAUAAAUAGACUUUUUCAAAAUA